AUGAGUCUGCAUGAGAUCAGUGAAAACGUGAAACUUGCUCGAGAGUUUGCCUUACUUGGGAACUACAGUUCUGCUAUUGUUUGCUAUCAGGGAGUACUUGAACAAAUCAAGAAACACCUUUUUACAGUACGGGACAGCAGUAGCUUCCAACAAAGAUGGCAAAAGGUAAAAUCUAUGACAUGUUUCACUUUCAAACCCAAGUUUGUUUAAUUUAAACAGAGCUUUGGUUAGGCAAUGUCUGCAAAUGUCACUUCGAUCCUUGCUUUUGACAUCUCUUUACAGGUAUGGCAAGAGAUAAACGAAGAAAACAAACAGGUUGAAGAAAUAAUGACAACUCUAGAAAGUUUUCAACUGGAGACCACCCCAUCCAAACCACCAAGUAAUAAAGAUGGCAGUAGUGACAUGUGGCCUGUACAAGUAGAGUGCAGGUACUGUAUGGACUCCUUUCACACGUAUUCCUAUUCUAGUGUAUACAUUUACUGGCCCAGUCAUUCAUAAGUGGAUAUUGCACUUUACUGGGAAAAUAUAUUUAAGUUGUUUUCAGGUCUUUGCAUUAGUAUCUGAUGGGGUGUGUAGUUUGGUUAGUAAGAGGGGAGAGUAAGCUGUUUGAAUAAAAUAAGUAAUGAGUGGAAUUAGUGCUCAGAGUACCUGAUAGUAAGUAGCCUGCUCUCUUUCUUGCAGCACUUAAAUGUAUAGACCUACUUGAGGUCUAAAUGUGACAUUUUAGUUUUAGCAUACAAAAUAGCUUAACAUUAAUGUAUUAUUUGGAGUGCCAGCUGGUACUUAAAUCUGCAGCUUAGAGACGGCUGCCCUAUGUACAUAGUCAUCGAACACUGGUCACUUUAAUAAUGUUUACGUACUGUUUUACCCACUUCAUAUGUGUAUACUGUAUUCUAGUCACGGCUCAUCCUAUAUAUAACUACUGCUGUGCACACCAUUUCUAUUCAUAUACUGUCUAUACAAACCAUCAUAUACAUACAUACACUACAUGAUCAAAAGUAUGUAGACACCUGCUUGUCGAACAUCACAUUCCAAAAUCAUGGGCAUUAAUAUGGAGUUGGUCCCCCCCUUUGCUGCUAUAACAGCCUCCACUCUUCUGGGAAGGCUAUCUACUAGAUGGUGGAACAUUGCUACGGGGACCACCUUCCAUUUAGCCACAAGCACAUUAGUGAGGUUGAGCGAUUAGGACUGGCUCGCAGUCGGCGUUCCAAUUCAUCCCAAAGUUGUUCGAUGGGGUUGAGGUCAGGGCUCUGUGUAGGCCAGUCAAGUUCUUCCACACCGAUUUCGACAAACCAUUUCUGUAUGGACCUCGAUUUGUGCACAGGGGCAUUGUCAUGCUAAAACAGGAAAGGGCCUUCCGCAAACUGUUGCCACAAAGUUGGAAGCACAUAAUCGUCUUGAAUGUCAUUGUAUGCUGUAGUGUUAAGAUUUCCCUUCACUGGAACUAAGGGGCCUAGCCCGAACCAUGAAAAAGAGCCCCAGACCAUUAUUCCUCCUGCACAAAACUUUACAGUUGGCACUGCAUUGGGGCAGGUAGCGUUCUCCUGGCAUCCGCCAAACCCAGAUUCGUCCGUCGGACUGCCAGAUGGAAGCGUGAUUAUCACUCCAGAGAACGCGUUUCCACUGCUCUGGAGUCCAAUGGCGGCGAGCUUUACACCACUCCAGCCGAUGCUUGGCAUUGUGCAUGGUGAGCUUGUGUGUGGCUGCUCGGCCAUGGAAACCCAUUUCAUGAAGCUCCCGACAAACAGUUAUUGUGCUGACGUUGCUUCCAGAGGCAGUUUGGAACUCAGUAGUGAGUGUUGCAACCGAUGACAGACGAUUUUUAUGCGCUAUGCGCUUCAGCACUCGGUGGUCCUGUUCUGUGAGCUUGUGUGGUCUACCACUUCGCGGCUGAGCCGUUGUUGCUCCUAGACGUUUCCACUUCACAAUAACAGCACUUACAGUUGACCGGGGCAGCUCUAGCAGGGCAGAAAUUUGACUAACUGAUUUGCUGGUAAGGUGGCAUCCUAUGACUGUGCCAUGUUGAAAGUCACUGAGCUCAUCAGUAAGGCCAUUCUACUGCCAAUGUUUGUCUAUGGAGUUUGCAUGGCUGUGUGCUCGAUUUUAUACACCUGUCAGCAACGGGUGUGAUUGAAAUAGCCAAAUCCACUAAUUUGAAGGGGUGUCCACAUACUUUUGUGUAUAUAUAGUGUAUGUAUUUAUAUUCCGGACUCUUGCUCAUUCUAAUAAUAAUAUAUUUCUUAAUUCCUUUAUUUUUAUUUUUGGGAUUUGCGUGUUUUGUAUUGUUAGGUAUUACUGCACUGUUGGAGUUAGGAACAUAAGCAUUUCGCUACACCCGCAAUAACUUCUGCAAAAUACACUGUACAAAAGUAUGUGGACACCCCUUCAAAUUAGUGGAUUCGACUAUUUCAGCCACAUCCGUUGCUGACAGGUGUAUAAAAUCGAGCACACAGCCAUGCAAUUUCCAUAGACAAACAUUGGCAAACUUGUGCAACGUCAGCACAAGAACUGCUUGUGCAAUGGCAAGUGUCGGCUGGAGUGGUGGAAAGCUCGCCACCAUUGGACUCUGGAGCAGUGGAAACUCGUUCUCUAGAGUGAUUAAUCACACUUCACCAUCUGGCAGUCCGACUGACAAAUCUUAGUUUGGCGGAUGCCAGGGGAAUGCUACCUACUGAAAUGCAUAGUGCCAACUGUAAAGUUUGGUGGAGGAGGAAUAAUGGUCUGGGGCUCUUUUUCAUGGUUCGGGCGAGGCCCCUUAGUUCCAGUGAAGGGAAAUCUUAACGCUACAGCAUACAAUGACAUUCAAGACGAUUCUGUGCUUCCAACUUUGUGGCAACAGUUUGGGGAAGGCCAUUUCCUGUUUCAGCAUGACAAUGCCCCAGUGCACAAAGCGAGGUCCAUACAGAAAUGGUUUGUCGAGAUCGGAGUGGAAGAACUUGACUGGCUUGCACAGAGCCCUGACAUCAACCCCAUCGAACACCUUUGGGAUGAAUUGGAACGCCGACUGCGAGCCAGGCCUAAUUGCCCAACGUCAGUGCCCGAUCUCACUAAUGCUCUUGUGGCUGAAUGUAAGCAAGUCCCCGCAGCAAUGUCCCAACAUCUAGUGGAAAGCCUUCCCAGAAGAGUGGAUGCUGUUAGCAAAGGGGGGACCAACUCCAUAUUAAUGCCCAUGAUUUUGGAAUGAGAUGUUCGCCGGGCAGGUGUCCAUAUACCUUUGGCCAUGUUUUGUAUGUGUACGCGACCAAUAAAAUGUUAUUUGAUUUUGAUUUGCUUAGGUUGAUUGAUUUAGUAUUGUCUUCUUUCCUCAAAGAUCCUCUCCUCUUCCGGUUAGGGGUCCCCCGGUUCCCUACAAAGACAGUAAACCUCACAACAACCGCCUGAGUGUGGCCGGUGUGCGGGCUCCGCAUCGCCAGUCACCACGCGGGCCCAAUGGUGACCGAGCCAAACCUUUGAAGGGCAAGGAAAAGAAAGAGGCCCCAGCCAAACCAAAAGACGACAAGGUCAACAAAGUACCAUCAAGGAUUAAAAUAUGGACUGAAAGGUCCUUUUGUUACACCCUCCUUUCACAUAAUACAGAUUUAAUCCUCCUCCUUUCGGCAGUGCUCUAUCUUUUUCAUUGUAAACCUAAGAAAAUCUAAAUAAAUGUUAUUUUAAAAAAUUGUAUUUGCCUGGCAUUACCCUACCUUAACUUUAAAACUAUUUGCACUUUAGACCAAACAUUCUUCGCUCUACUUGUUACCUAAAAUCAUCACCACGUUGUCAGUCCGGUUCCUGGCUUAGAAAACACCUCUGCCACACGGUUGCAUUGAGCCCACUCAGGGCUGACAAGUAAUCCUGUAUAUUUGUUUUGCAGAACAAAUCUGAAGUCUCUGAGAAAGAGAAAGAUGUGAAGAAGUUUGAUGGGCAAGGAUAUGACAAAGACCUUAUUGAGGCCCUGGAGAGAGACAUCAUAUCACAGAACCCCAAUGUUAAAUGGUGUGUGUGUCACUGGCUAUGAUUAUUAACCUCCUGAACAGGAUCAUCCUAAAAACAUACAUGUUUCUCUUCGUAAGGGUUGACUAACAGGAAAUACUUAUUUUUUAAAUGCCUAUAGGGAUGAUAUUGCAGAUUUGGAAGAAGCAAAAAAGCUUUUAAAAGAAGCUGUUGUGCUACCCAUGUGGAUGCCUGAGUUUUUCAAAGGCAUACGAAGACCAUGGAAGGUAUACAUCGAAGCCCAAGGCCCACUUGAUUAAUAUGUUAUUUUGAUUGGAAGAGUUGAUAUGAUGCCUUGCUAAUAUGUGGUGUAUCCAUGUGCAUUAUUUUCCUAGGGUGUGCUUAUGGUGGGUCCUCCAGGCACAGGAAAGACUCUUCUGGCUAAAGCCGUCGCGACAGAGUGCAGAACCACAUUCUUCAAUGUUUCAUCUUCAACUCUCACUUCCAAGUACAGAGGAGAGUCUGAAAAACUGGUCCGCCUUCUAUUUGAAAUGGUAAGAUCCUCGUCAGCUCCCCUACCCAGGUGGAAUAUUUUUUUCCUAGAAGAAAAACUGGUGGUAUCAUAUUAGAUGAUGGAAAGGGUGGUGUUUUUGAGGUGUUGUGGCUCUAGUCAGUGUUUCUUUUCUCCUCUGGAUAGGCCCGGUUCUAUGCUCCCACCACCAUAUUCAUUGAUGAGGUUGACUCCAUGUGCAGCCGCAGAGGAACAUCAGAUGAACAUGAGGCUAGCCGGCGGGUGAAGGCAGAGCUGCUGGUUCAGAUGGAUGGUACAGUAACAGCAGCCACUCUGAUUAUGGAAGGCCAAAUUAAUUACAUGCACAAUUAAUGUCUAUAUAAAAAUGUUUCUUGCCCAAUAAAUUAUUGUACCCUAAAUACAUAGCAGUGAUAGAAUUUUGCUAUAGUUUUUGAUGCUAUCGUUCAUAGGAUAUUAUGCUGUUGUUUAGGUGUGGGAGGGGCAUCAGAGAAUGAGGAUCCCUCUAGGAUGGUGAUGGUGCUGGCAGCCACUAACUUCCCCUGGGAUAUUGAUGAGGCUCUGAGGCGACGUCUGGAGAAGAGAAUCUACAUCCCUCUGCCUUCAGGUCCACAAACACUACUCACUGUAAAUCGUCGAUCAUAUUCCAAAACAUGUAGGCAUAUGGACAGCAGUGUUCUAGAAUAUUGGACCAUUGGCUUUCAUAAUUUUUGAAUUCUCAAGCAAUUUCUCCAACUGUCAACACAUUCAAAUGAAUAGAGGAUGCUUACCGGAGCCGCAUUGGUUGGGAAUUGUGGGGAGGUGCACGUUCGGGCUGUGCGUCCCCCGCGGAUGGUGGUCUCAGACCUGCGUAGCUAUGUCACAAUGGGACACCGGAAUAUCGCGUCUCAGCGUCUGUGUACUAUAAUGAUUUAUGCUUAACACUGCGUUCCUGAAACAUAUACAGUUAAAAAUCGAAAAUAUAUUUAACUUGUGUAUGUAUAUAUAUAUAAACUCAGCAAAAAAAGAAACGUCCUCACUGUCAACUGCGUUUAUUUUCAGCAAACUUAACGUGUCAAUAUUUGUAUGAACAUAAGAUUCAACCACUGAGACAUAAACUGAACAAGUUCCACAGACAUGUGACUAACAGAAAUGGAAUAAUGUGUCCCUGAACAAAGGGGGGUCAAAAUCAAAAUUAACAGUCAGUAUCUGGUGUGGCCACCGGCUGCAUUAAGUACUGCAGUGCAUCUCCUCCGGACUGCACCAGAUUUGCCAGUUCUUGCUGUGAGAUGUUACCCCACCCUUCCACCAAGGCACCUGCAAGUUCCCGGACAUUUCUGUGGGGAAUGGCCCUAGUCCUCACCCUCCGAUCCAACAGGUCCCAGACGUGCUCAAUAGCCAUGGCAGAACACUGACAUUCCUGUCUUGCAGGAAAUCACGCACAGAACGAGCAGUAUGGCUGGUGGCAUUGUCAUGCUAGAGGGUCAUGUCAGGAUGAGCCUGCAGGAAGGGUACCACAUGAGGGAGGAGGACGUCUUCCCUGUAACGCACAGCGUUGAGAUUGCCUGCAAUAACAACAAGCUCAGUCCGAUGAUGUGUGACACACCGCCCCAGACCAUGACGGACCCUCCACCUCCAAAUCGAUCCCGCUCCAGAGUACAGGCCUCGGUGUAACGCUCAUUCCUUCGACGAUAAACGCGAAUCCGACCAUCACCCCUGGUGAGACAAAACCGCGCUUUUUGCCAGUCCUGUCUGGUCCAGCAGUGGUGGGUUUGUGCCAAUAGGUGACGUUGUUGACGGUGAUGUCUGGUGAGGAUCUGCCUUUCAACAGGCCUACAAGCCCUCAGUCCAGCCUCUCUCAGCCUAUUGCAGACAAGUCUGAGCACUGAUGGAGGGAUUGUGCGUUCCUGGUGUAACUCGGGCAGUUGUUGCCAUCCUGUACCUGUCCCGCAGGUGUGAUGUUCGGAUGUCCCGAUCCUGUGCAGGUGUUGUUACACGUGGUCUGCCACUGCGAGGACGAUCAGCUGUCCGUCCUGUCUCCCUGUAGCGCUGUCUUAGGUGUCUCACAGGACGGACAUUGCAAUUUAUUGCCCUGGCCACAUCUGCAGUCCUCAUGCCUCCUUGCAGCAUGCCUAAGGCAUGUUCACGCAGAUGAGCAGGGACCCUGGGCAUCUUUCUUUUGGUGUUUUUCAGAGUCAGUAGAAAGGCCUCUUUAGUGUCCCAAGUUUUCAUAACUGUGACCUUAAUUGCCUACCGUCUGUAAGCUGUUGGUGUCUUAAUGACCGUUCCACAGGUGCAUGUUCAUUAAUUGUUUAUGGUUCAUUGAACAAGCAUGGGAAACGGUGUUUAAACCCUUUACAGUGAAGUUAUGUAGAUUUCUACGAAUUAUCUUUGAAAGACAGGGUCCUGAAAAAGGGACGUUGCUUUUUUUGCUGUGUGAUAUAUAUAUAUAUAUAUAUAUAUAGAUAUAGAUAUAGAUAUAGAUAUAUAGAUAUAUAGACACACAACCGGUCAAAAGUUUUAGAACACCUACUCAUUCAAGGGUUUUUAUUUUAUUUUUGCUAUUUUCUACAUUGUAGAAUAAUAGUGAAGACAUCAAAACUAUGAAAUAACACACAUGGAAUCAUGUAGUAACCAAAAAAGUGUUAAACAAAUCAAAAUAUAUUUUAUAUUUGAGAUUCUUCAAAUAGCCACCCUUGCCUUGAUGACUGCUUUGCACACGCUUAGCAUUCUCUCAACCAGCUUCAUGAGGUAGUCACCUGGAAUGCAUUUCAAUUAACAGGUGUGCCUUGUUAAAAGUUAAUUUGUGGAAUUUCUUUCCUUCUUAAUGCGUUUGAGCCAAUCAGUUGUCAAUACGGAAAAUUUCAAGAACUUUGAAAGUUUCUUUAAGUGCAGUCGCAAAAACCAUCAAGCGCUAUGAUGAAACUGGCUCUCAUGAGGACCGCCACAGGAAUGGAAGACCCAGAGUUACCUCUGCUGCAGAGGAUAAGUUCAUUAGAGUUACCAGCCUCAGAAAUUGCAGCCCAAAUAAAUGCUUCAGAGAGUUCAAGUAACAGACACAUCUCAACAUCAACUGUUCAGAGGAGACUGUGUGAACCAGGCCUUCAUGGUCGAAUUGCUGUAAAGAAGGACACCAAUAAGAAGAAGAGACCUGCUUGGGCCAAGAAACACGAGCAAUGGACAUUAGACCGGUGAAAAUGUGUCCUUUGGUCUGGAGUCCAAAUUGGAGAUUUUUGGUUACAACCGCUGUGUGUUUGUGAGAUGCGUUGUGGGUGUACGGAUGAUCUCCGCAUGUGUAUUUCCCACCGUAAAGCAUGGAGAGAGGAGGUGUUAUGGUGUAGGGGUGCUUUGCUGGUGACACUGUCUGUGAUUUAUUUAGAAUUCAAGGCACACUUAACCAGCAUGGCUACCACAGCAUUCUGCAGCGAUACGCCAUCCCAUCUGGUUUGGGCUUAGUGGGACUAUCAUUUGUUUUUCAACAGGACAACGACCCAACACACCUCCAGGCUGUGUAAGGGCUAUUUUACCAAGAAGGAGAGUGAUGGAGUGCUGCAUCAGAUGACCUGGCCUCCACAAUCCCCCGACCUCAACCAAAUUGAGAUGGUUUGGGAUCAAUCGGACGGCAGAGUGAAGGAAAAGCAGCCAACAAGUGCUCAGCAUAUGUGGGAACUCCUUCAAGACUGUUGGAAAAGCAUUCCAGGUGAAGUUGGUUGAGAGAAUGCCAAGAGUGUGCAAAGCUGUCAUCAAGGCAAAGGGUGGCUACUUUGAAGAAUCUCAAAUAUAAAAAAUAUUUAGAUUUAACACUUUUUUGGUUACUACAUGAUUCCAUAUGUGUUUAUGUAAUAGUUUUGAUGUCUUCAUUAUUAUUCUACAAUGUAGAAAAUAGUAAACACAAAGAAAAGCCCUUGAAUGAGCCUUUUGGGGCUGUCAUUUUCCUUUUACUGAGGAGUGGCUUCCAUCUGGCCACUCUACCGUAAAGGCUUGAUUGGUGGAGUGCUGCAGAGAUGGUUGUCCUUCUGGAAGGUUCUCCCAUCUCCACAGAGGAACUCUGGAGCUCUGUCAGAGUGAUCAUCGGGUUCUUGGUCACCUCUCUGACCAAGGCCCUACUCCCCCGAUUGCUCAGUUUGGCCCGGCGGCCAGCUCUAGGAAGAGUCUUGGUGGUUCCAAACUUCUUCCAUUUAAGAAUGAUGGAGGCCACUGUGUUCUUGGGGACCUUCAAUGCUGCAGACAUUUUUUGGUACCCUUCCCCAGAUCUGUGCCUCAACACAAUCCUGUCUCGGAGCUCUAUGGACAAUUCCUUCGAUGUCAUGGCUUGAUUUUUGCUCUGACAUGCACUGUCAUCUGUGGGACCUUAUAUAGACCGGUGUGUACCUUUCCAAAUCAUGUCCAAUCAAUUUAAUUUACGACACAAUCCUGUUUUGGAGCUCUAUGGACAAUUCCUUCGACCUCAUUGCUUGGAUCUGACAUGCACUGUCAAAUGUGGGAUCUUUAUAUAGUCAGGUGUGUGCCUUUCCAAAUCAUGUCCAAUCAAUUGAAAUUAACAUAGGUGGACUCCAAUCAAGGAUGAACAAUGGAAACAGGAUGCACCUGAGCUCAAUUUCAAGUCUCAUAGCAAAGGUUCUGAAUACUUAUGUAAAUAAGGUAUUUGUUUUUUAUUUUUAAUAAAUUUGCAACAUUUUCUAAACCUGUUUUUGCUUUUUCAUUAUUGGGUAUUGUGUGUUGAUUGAUGUGGAUUUUUAUUUAUUUAAUAAAAAAAAUUAACAAGUCUGUAACGUAACAAUAUGUGGAAAAAGGGAAGGGGUCUGAAUACUUUAUGAAUGCACCAUAUUUAUUUAUUCACAAUGGCGUACGUUAUGUUUGCUUGUUUUCUCUGCAGCCAAGGGCAGAGUGGAGCUGCUGAAGAUCAACCUAAAGGAGCUGGAGCUGGCCAAUGAUGUGGACAUGGCAAAGAUAGCAGAGCAGAUGGAGGGCUACUCAGGAGCUGACAUCACCAAUGUGUGCAGGUAAGGCCUUUGACUUUUCCGUUUUUCUUACAAACAAAUUAUUCACAAAUAAACUCUAGAUUGGUCAAGUGUGUUUGUUCCAAUAACUCAGCUAAGACUAUCACUGAUUUGUAAACGAGAUGCCUCUUCAAUAAGGAAAUCAUGGAAUAAAGAACCACUCGUAAUCUAGUUAUGUGAUGAGAGUAAUGUUAUUUGUGUUCCAUUGCCUUGAGUGAACCCUGUCUCCAUGACGUCUGUAGGGACGCCUCUCUGAUGGCCAUGCGGCGAAGGAUCGUGGGGCUAACGCCAGAGGAGAUCCGUAACAUCUCCCGAGAUGAGAUGCACAUGCCUACCACCAUGGAGGACUUUGAGUCUUCUCUGAAGAAAGUGUCCAAGUCUGUAUCAGCUUCCGACCUGGAGAAGUACGAGAAGUGGAUUGAAGAGUUUGGCUCCUGCUGA